AUGAGGCUCACCGGCUGGUGGCUGGCGGUGGUAGGAUUGGUGGUGCUGGUGGGCUCGGGUGGGCAGGCGGCCCACCGGCCCCAGUAUCUGCGCAGCUUCCCGGUGCACUCGGUGAACGAUCCGUGCUACGACGAGGACCGCCCGCGCCGCUGCAUGCCGGACUUUGUGAACGCGGCGUUCGGCGUGCCGAUCGAGGCGUCCUCCACCUGUGGGCGCGACAGUCCGGCGCGCUUCUGCGACAUGCGGGAGUCGAGCGAGGCGGACCGGGUCCGGAGCGGGACCCUGGAGUCGUCCUGCGAGAUCUGCGACGCGGCCGAUCCGACCAAGCGCUACCCGGCGGCCGCCCUCACCGACGUGCACAACUCGAACAACGUCACCUGCUGGCGGUCGGAGCCGCGCGCGGGCACCGUUGAGGCGGGCCCGGACAACGUCACGCUCACCCUGUCGCUGGGCAAGAAGUUCGAGCUUACGUACGUCAGCCUGAUGUUCUGCCCGCACGCCAUCCGCCCCGACUCGAUGGCGAUCUACAAGAGCGCCGACUACGGCAAGAACUGGCUGCCGUUCCAGUUCUACAGCUCCCAGUGCCGCAAGCUGUACGGGCGGCCGACGCGCGCCACCAUCUCCGCCAGCAACGAGCAGGAGGCGCGCUGCGUCGACCACAACCGCUACAGCGUCGACGGCGUGCAGGGGUCCCGCAUCGCCUUCAGCACGCUCGAGGGUCGCCCGUCCGCGUCCGAUUUCGACAACUCGGUCAUCCUGCAGGACUGGGUGACGGCCACCGACAUCCGCGUCAUCUUCCACCGCCUCCAGCCCGCCACCGGCGGUGGUGGCGGCGGAGGCGGGGGCUCCUCCUCCACCGGCAAGUCGCAGCAAUCAACCGAGCUGACGGCCGGCGGCAAGUUCGGCGGCGUGCCCAAGAAGGCGGCCGACUUCCUGCCCGCCUACCCGAAGGCGGGCGGGGAUGGCGGGCACGGUGACGGUGUGUCCGGGUCGGGUGUGUUCACCUACGCGCUGUCGGACUUUGCCGUCGGCGGGCGCUGCAAGUGCAACGGGCACGCGUCCCGCUGCGUCAAGGGCGCCGACGGGAAGCUGGAGUGCGACUGCAAGCACAACACGGCCGGGCGGGACUGCGAGCGCUGCAAGCCGUUCUUCUUCGACCGGCCCUGGGGCCGCGGCACCAUGCGGGACGCGAACGAAUGCAAAGCCUGCCAGUGCAAUGGACACGCCAGGAAGUGCCGGUUCAACCUCGACCUGUACAAGAUGUCCGGGCGCGUUUCGGGCGGUGUGUGCAUCGACUGUCGGCAUGAUACGACCGGACGCCACUGUCACUACUGCCGCGAAGGAUACUACAAGGACCCGACCAAGCCGAUCACGCACAAGAAGACCUGCAAGCCCUGCGACUGCCAUCCGAUCGGAUCGUCCGGCAAAAGCUGCAACCACACGACGGGCCAGUGCACCUGCAAGGAAGGCGUCACCGGGCUGAACUGCAAUCGAUGCGCCCGGGGCUACCAGCAGAGCCGCUCGCAUAUUGCACCGUGCAUAAAAAUUCCACGUGUCAUAAACAUCAACCACCAAGCGCAGAACACCGCUCCAGAGUCGUACCAGUACGAUCCCGAUGCGAGCGAAAGCACCAAAGAAAAUUGCGGCAAAUGUAAGUUCGACACGAAGCGGCUGAAUUUGAACAAGUUCUGCAAACGUGAUUAUGCGAUCAUGGCGAAGGUAACCGGACGAACGACUUCCGGCGGCAAGCACGGUCCGCGUGACGAGGUUCGCUUCAACCUGCAGGUGCAGUCAGUGUUCAAGUCGAACGGGCCGCUCCUGUCCGCCAGCCAGCGCAAGUCCAGCAUCGGUCUGCUGGUGCCGUCGAAGAAUCUCGACUGCCGGUGUCCGAACAUCAAGAUCAACAAAUCCUACCUGAUACUCGGCAUGGACGCAAAGAACAAUCCCGAAAAUCUGCUGCUCGGCCCGAAGACGAUCAUCAUCGAGUGGAAGGACGACUGGAAUCGGCGCCUGCGUCGGUAUCAGCAGCAGGCCGGGUCCUGCUACUGA